AUUGAUGUGACAAGUGAGGAAUUUUGACGUAUUUCCUAUACACAGACUUGUGGAUUCUGACAACAGAUCCAAUGAAUCUGCCGUGAUAUUUGUCUCUAUGAUGACUCAAGAGAAAGAAAGAUACUAUGAAUUACUUGGCGUAGAACUGAAUGCUCCACACAACGAUAUCUUGCGUGCCUACGGACGUUUGGCUUUACAAUCUCACCCAGACAGCUCAGAUAAGAAUAAUUGUCUGAUCAACUUUCAAGAGAUUACCACAGCUUACAAAAACUUAAUUCCAGACGAUGAAUAUAAAGACUUAGAUAGUAAUCAGUUAUUUUCAAGGCUAUUUGAAAAUGUGCUAUUAUGCAAGAAACCAGAUAUCGGAGUAUUCCUGUUCUUUGCUGCCGGCCAAAAACAUUCUUCUUAUGAAGAAAUGUCCAUGUACAUCGAUGAUGAAGAGGAGGAGGACGCUGGAGAAAAAGAAUUUGACUCCUUUGUUCAAAUAAUUAAGAAUCGAAGGGGAAAAGGAAAGCCAGUAUCAGACGCAUUUACUGACGAUAAACUGGCAAAAUUGAAAGAAAGUUUAAUUCAAGAGAGAGAAACUAGAAAACUAGACAAGGCAAAAAAGCAAUCUGGAAAGAAAUCCAAACAGCAAUCUGUGCCUGUCUGUAAGCCAAAGCAGAAAUCAAAAAAGCAGCUGAAAGCCGAACAACGUCGGCGUGAGAAGGAGAUGCAAGAGAUUGCACAUGAUUUAAACGAAAAAGCUAAAGUUGAUCAAGAGAAACUUGAAAAAAGAAAACAGGCUGAAAUUAAGAGGCUAGAGGAAGAGAAGAAGAAGCAGGUUGAAGAAGAUAAAAUACGAAAAGAAAGAGAAAUAGAAAAGGCUAUCAGAGAAGCAGAAGAAAAAAAGAGGAGAGAAGUCCUCGAACGCGAAAACGAGCGUCAGCUUGGUAUGGAUGAAGAAGCUGAACGUAAAAAGCAACAAGAAUUAAAGAAGAAAGAAAAAGAGAAGUUGAAGAAGAAGGAAGCAGAAGCUAAGAAGUUUGCUGAACAAAAAGCCAAAGAAGCAGAACAAGCCAAAGUACAGGCUGCAAAGAGACAGCAACAACAGAACACACAGUUACAACAGCAGCAGCAGCAACAACAACAGCAGCAACAACAAUCGCGUUAUCCUCGUGAAGUACCACCUAGAUUCCAACAGCAACAACAAAAGAAUCAACUAAAAAAGGAGCAGCAACCUAAAACAGUACAAACACAACUACCAAACGGUAAAAAAAUGGAGGAUAAAAUGGAGAUUGAAGCCAGCAGUGAUUUCUCUGUCUGGAAUGAGCCAAGUAGUGGCUGGAAUCAUGUUGUUGUGGACGGAAAGGACCAGGAUGCCUGGCCAGCAAUCGGAGGAAAGGGUUUAGAGUCAGCUGCAAUGAUGGUAGACAAUGAUGAUGAAUCCAUCAAAUCUGGGAACAAUACAGAUAAUGCUGCCUCUAAUCCAAAUUUUGAUUUUAAAAUGAAUUCUAUGUCCAAUGUGCCUGGCCAGAUGAACCAUAUUGGUCAUUCUACGGGCGAAGCUCAGAAUAAAGGAUCAGGAAGUGCCAAUUCUUCCACAAGUGCAAAUGCCAUGAAUUUUCCUGAUUGGAGUACAAAGUCGUCAAGUGGAUCUUCUACUUGGGGUGCUACAAACGAUAGUUUAUCGUCAAGCUUGAACUCUGGCUCUGUUAUCUCGCCUGUGAAUAAACAGAGUCACGAAGGUGCUGGUGAACUGAACAAUAUGAGUAUUAACUCUGGCUGGGGUGCGAUUGGUACCUUGGCAACUACAUCUAAUGUGUCCAGUCUGCGUGGAUUUCCAUCUAAUGACAUUGGUGGAAAUAAUACCACCCAAUCAAACUCUUUAGGGAGCAACCCAACAUGGACAUCUGUAGUUGGCGGAGGUGGACGAGGACCUCAGCAAAACUCACAAAAUGCAAACCUUAAUGGAAUGCAGAGUGGAAACAUGGCACAAGCCACAACCAGUACUGGCAAUGGACCAAACCUCACAUUUACUCAAGCUGCAAUGCAAAAUUCUGGGCCGCCUACCAAUCCUGCCUCCCAGUCUACUCUACCCACUUCUGGAUGGGGGCUGAGCUCAGAAGGGCAGGGAUUGUCUUUCUCUACAGGAAGUGGGAAUAGUUUUCCCACGGGUGCUAAUCCAAAGAGUACCAAUCCGGUGUGGAAUAUACCUUCAUCAGGAUUUCCAGGUGCCAUGUCUAGUGCGGAUAAGCCGGGUAAUCAUUCUACUGAUGGAGCACUUAAUAAUAUUACAGAUGCUGCAAAUGGUGCAGAUUCUUGGCAGGGAUCAG